CAGGACAGCUUCUGCCCCUCCAUGACAUCCAGCGGGACGGAGCGACUGCUGCUGCGCUAUCCUCAAAUACAUGCUCCGCCUAACCCCGCAGCCCUCCUCCAGCUCCGGGACCGCUAGAUAAUAACGCGCAGACCGCGGCGCUUCGGUGAUUGAUCGGGGUUCGUCGAGGAUGAGGCUGAUCGAGACGCGUGCGGAUGGAGAGGAGAAGCGCGAGCUGCCGCCUCCGUUCAGAAACCCGUUCGCGCACGAGCUGCGGUUCACGGCGGCGCAGAAGCUGCAGAUCGGUUUGAUGACGGUGACGCUCUUCCCCAUCCGGCUCUUCAUAGCGGCGUUCAUGAUGCUGCUGGCCUGGCCGUUUGCCUUCAUCGCCUCGGUGGGCCGCUCCGAGAGGGCGGUGGAGCCGCAGUGCUUAUGGAGAAAUCUGAUUGACAAGCAGCUCCAGUCAGACCUGUGCUUCGUGAUGCACCGCAGAGACGGAGCGUGCACGGUUUGCAGAUCUAAUGUUGGUGUGGGCCGCUCUGAGCCUCUCAUCCCCAGAUCUCAGCUCUCCGUCCAUCUCUCGCUGUCAGCUCAGUCCUCCAGAGCGGCUGAGGAUGAGGAGGAGCGCGCUGAUGUCACUCUCAUCAGAUACAUCCGGCCCGUGUUCGUGUCGCGCUCGGAUCAGGACUCCAGACGGCAGACGGUGGAGGAGAUCAAGAGAAGAGCUCAUUCAGGAGAGUGGCCGCAGAUAAUGAUUUUUCCAGAAGGGACGUGCACCAAUAGAACCUGCCUGAUCACAUUCAAACCAGGAGCGUUCAUUCCUGCGGUUCCUGUUCAGCCUGUCGUGAUCCGCUACCCAAACAAACUGGACACUAUCACGUGGACGUGGCAGGGGCCCGGAGCGCUGAAGCGUGUGAACUCAGAGAAGCUCCUGCAGGAUUAUGGGAAGCGCGCUCGUAAACUGCAGGGUCAGAGACUGAGUCUGGAGGACUUCGCCCAGUUCCUCGAGCUGCCCGCGUCAGGCGAGCUCAGACACAUGUUCGCUCUCUUUGACGAGAAUGAAGACCACUCGAUGGACGUCCGGGAGUUUGUGGUCGCCUUCUCUGUGGUGUGUCGGCCUGCAAAAACACUGGACACCAUCAGGCUGGCCUUCCAGAUGUUUGAGGCGGAGGAGGACGGUGCGAUCACAGAGAACGAGCUGAUGUGCAUCUUGAGGACGGCGCUGGGCGUCGGAGAGCUCCGAGUCAGCCGUCUGUUCAGAGCCAUCGAUGAAGAGGACUCGGGUAAAAUCACCUUCGAGCGCUUCAGGGAGUUUGUGGAUCAGCAUCCAGACUUCGCCGAGCAGUACCUCUACUCAGACAACACAGGCUUCGGCAGCAGCUCCCCGUCCCACGCCGCCAACGGCUUUUGCGCCGACUUCAGCCCGAGAGAGCAGAAGAAACUCGACUGA